UUCUGUCUGGUCGGGUUUGGGUCCGAGCUCGGGAUAUCUGUGUUCGAGCCACAGCCCCUCAAAUUAUUGCUGCUCAACCUAUUUUUCUUCUGGCCAAUGUAAAUAAUAAUAGCCUCCCUGAAAUCAAACGAGAUUGUGACUGGGGAAGGGGCCCGUACGAUUCGUAGAUCCUCUUAACGGACUCCCUGAACCUGCACCCGGAUCCUGUCCUGGGACAUCUUCCCAGCCCAGGGGUCAAGAAUGGCAGGUUUGGAAGGGGGUUGGGGAGAGGUGGUCGUCCCUACCUUCCCACGGGGCGGGGUGAGUCGCGGGCAUUCUGUGGGGUUCUGCUGGACUCCCCUUUUUUACUGCGGAGGAAGGGCGCCUCGAGGUCGUCCUGGAGCGGGGUGGUGGUUAGUAGGGGUCCCGGAGAUGCUUCUGGGGAUGGGAUCUUACUGGUUGCGAGCCUUACUGGGAUCUUACUGGGGGUCGCGGGAGGGGAUGUGAUGGUGGCUCUGAGGAUUGUCUCCAGGGGAGUCCUCUGCGUGUGGGGUCUUCGUCUGGGGAGGGGCCAGGGAUGUCUGGGGAGGGGCUUGUAGGGUCUGUGUCACACGGGCAUUCUAUGUGGGGUCUUCGGGAAAGCACUCUUUUGGGGGUGCGGAGAAGCUAUCGCCUGAGUGAGGUCCUGAACUCCCUCUGGAGGAUGGGCGGGAAGUCUGAAAAAGUCCUCGGAGGGUCCCCCCUGUGUGUGUCAGAGUCGCUGUGUGCGGUCUCAGAGAUAGCCCCUGGGCUGGGGAUGUUCUGGAGCCUCCACGGAGGGAAUGGGGACGUUCUCAGCAGGUCGUCGCUGUACGUGGCAGGAAGGAUCGCUGAAAGAGGACUGUUUUUGGAGGGGUGUUUUAGGAAGGAAUAAUUGUUGAUUCUUCAUGUGCGGGAGGAGGGACCUGAGCGUCCUCCAAAGAUGCAUGAGAGGAUCAGUUUUGGGGGGAGGAGCAGGAGUACCUGUGAGGGGGUCUUAAGGGAGAAAUGGCUGCAGGGACUCUGGGAGGUGGCGUCAGUGGGAGCCCUGAUGUCGCCUCUACCCGUAGACUGCUGGGCAUACCCGGAGGGGCGUCACGCCUUCCAGGCCUCCCCGGAAGGAAGCGAAACCUUGCUCGCCCUCCGCGCCUACCCCGCUGGAAGCCCGUCCGGAAGCCGGGGACUCUUGCCUGCCCUAACUGCCCAGAGAGGGAGAGGGAAGGGGCGAGCCUGGAGGCCGAGACCCCACCCACGCCCUCCCGGAAGAAGUCCUCUACUACCCAGUACGGAGAUUCCGACCCCUGUCCUUAUAUGGGCAUCCGGAAGCAUCUCGUCCGCCUGCCCUACGUCAUUACUUCCGAAUUUAGUCCUGGACGUCGCGCUGACCCAGUGGCGGAAAGGCUCUGCGCGCCAUUCCGGUGGGCGGAGCCUCCGCUUAAAGGGUCCGCGCCACGAAUGUGUGGAGCCAACCAAACAAUUUUGCAUCGUUUUUUGGAGAAACGACUUGAAAUAGGUUUUCUUGGAGCGAUAGCUCUUAGCGGAGGGUGAAGCCUUUGUUUUCUAUCUGCUCUAUCUCUGCUUUGCUCAGUUUUCAGCUCCUACCCCAACUGCGCCUCCUGGGCUGCAGAGGCGGAGCACGGCCGUGUCGUUCAGGGGGCGGCAGCCGCGUUUUCACCCGGACUUUCGAGCGGCCGGGUCCUCCGCCUUGCAAGCGCCAAGCCCACCCGUGGAAUUUGUGCCGAAGGAAACUGGGGGGAUGCUCAGUGUGCGAAGUGUACAGAUGGCAGCCCAGGCUGCGUUCGUGUCUACAGACGUCCGCCGUCUGUGGAAGGGGCAGCUUUGUCCCUUGAGUCAGUCAUCGCCGCCAGCUUCCUUAUCAUCUACAGACAAGGGGAGUGAAGAGGGCUGGCUGACGCUAGAGAAUGAUGAGCUGAAGGCCCCAGUGGCCCCCUUUCACCGUAAUAGCCCAGUUAUUCUAUUCAUUUAGCAAAUAUUGGACGAGUCACUCUGCCUCCGUUUUCCCACGUGACGAAAUCAGAUAUAACAGUACUCUCCGUGGAGUGGUGAGGGAUCAAUGAGAUAUUCAUGAAAGGAAAGCCUUUAACAGCUCCUGGCACGUAGUAACCGCUUAAUAAGCGUUGGCAUCAUUGUUGAUUCAAAAAACACAGACGCCUGGAACUGUGCCCACGGGGGAAUGUACUUCUCGAACCCGUGUCUUGCUCGGUGCCAAGGGAAACUAGCCGCUUAUGACCUGCUGGAGCCUGCGAACUCUACCAAGUGGAUGGGCCCACCUCCCCUGAGCCUGUGCGCGGGCGCAUUGGGGUGGGGGCUGAGGUAGUUGACCACCUCAAGAGCUCGUGUGGACUGGGAAACGCCCCUCCUCUUCAGGGUUCGUGUCCCUUUCCUCCGCCCGGUAAAUUCCACCCUGUGGCUUUAAGGCGUCUCUGGCCCCGGCGCUGUGGAAAGCCCGGAUGCGGCGCUUUGAUUGGGCGGGGCGUCUUGGUGACGUUACUCCGAGUACAAAAGGGCCCGGGGGUAGCGGGUGCCCCGCAUAGCGUUCUAGCAGCGUUACGGCGUAAGUAGGCGUGCAAAGAGGCGUGAGUGAGCGCGUUGUCUGUAGUGCACCUGCUCCCUGUACUGCCCAACCUUCGAGUCCCCGCCGCCCUCGCCAUCGAGUCGCCAUGGAGGUGCAGAAGGAAGCUCAACGCAUCAUGACCCUAUCGGUAUGGAAGAUGUACCAUUCGCGCAUGCAGCGCGGGGGCCUGCGGCUGCACCGAAGUCUACAGCUGUCGCUGGUGAUGCGCAGCGCCCGGGAGCUCUAUCUCUCCGCCAAGGUGGAAACCCAUGAGCAGCCCGAGGUGCCCUCGUUGCCCGCCCGUUCUCCAGACCCUCGCCUGCUCCUGCCACGGGAAGCGCAAGCGGCAGCCGAGGCAGCGUCACCCGACAGUGAGCAGCCCUGCUCCGAGCCCAUGGACACGCAGGAGGCGCCGAGAGCCAAGGAAACUCCUUUUUGCUGUGCCCCGCACCCCGCUAAAGUCAGCCGCAAGCGGCGGAGCAGCAGCCUGAGCGACGGCGGGGACGCCGGACUGGUUCCGAGCAAGAAAGCCCGUCUAGAAGAGGAGGAGGUGGAGGAAGGAGCGUCUUCGGAGGUCCCCGAUCGCCUGCAGCCUUCUCCCGCGCAAGCGGAGGGCGCCUUCCCCAACCUGGCGCGUGUCCUACAGAGGCGCUUCUCAGGCCUCCUGAACUGCAGCCCCUCCGCCUCCCCGACGGUGCCGCCACCCGCGUGCGAGGCAAAGCCGGCCUGCCGCCCGGCGGACAAUAUGCUAAACGUGCUCGUGCGGGCUGUGGUAGCCUUCUGAGGGGCCCCGAGCGGCGCUGCCGGAGCCCAGUGCGCCAGCCGAACCUUCGGCCAGAGUUCGCAGACACGAGGUCAGGCUACCCCCGCGGGAGCACCCGCGGAAACGAUGGAGAGGAGCCGCCGCCCGGGCUGCUGAGAGGCCCGGAGAGGGACUCUGCCCCCGGCGAGCCGUUGCCACCCGUGUGCCACGGCGGCGCCGAGGUGCCUGAGCCGGGGGCGCGGGCGCCUUCUGCCGAGACCUGCCGCGCCCAUAGGUGCUGUCUUAACCGAUAGGGACGUGGCCUUUCCGUCUCCUGGGACUGGGAGAGGGACGCUUGGUUCUUGCAACUCCUCAGGGUCGGACUUUAUUUUUUACUGGGGGCUGUGCUCCCCUUUCAAGGUUUUUCUAUAGUUGAUGUUUGCGUUCCCAGCCCAGCGUUCCAGGCACUCUUCCUUCCCCUCCAGUGACAUACUUAUGCAAGCGAUCAUCGUUGCGUCAUGGGGCAGAUGUGGGUAGCUUCCUGUUGCCUUGCGUGGGUGUGGGGCCUGGGAGGAGGGCCUGGGGUGUGGACCGCCGUGGGGAAUGGGAGGAGGGCGGCCUGAAUCACUUCGCCCCCGCGCCUUCUGGUUGGGGGUGGGGGGAAGCUGAUCUGAUUUCAGGUUAAAAUUUUUCUCAUUUGGUGCGUUCGAGGAGGGGAUGAUGUUCACAGUCUCAAGCGUGACCCUCCCUCAGACAUACAGACACAGUCGAACCCCAGUCUUGAUCUGAAUUACAAAAAUGGGAGAAGGGGACGUUCAGAUCGCUGUAAGGCUGAGCUGGGGCCAGUUGCUGGUGAGACUGGGCCAGUUUAGGGAGGGGUAGAUUCUAGCUAGGGCGUUUUGAGGGUCUGUUUAUUUACUCUGGUGGACUCUGUUUAACUCCGUCUAUCUGGACUUUUGCUAGAAAGGCCAGGUAGGAAAAUAAAGACCAUCUGAAUAAAAA